CACCUCUCGGGCCCUUUGAAUAUUGCUUCACUACCACAUGUUCUUGUGUUGGAGAACACACAGUAUUCACACAAUAUGAAGCGGAUAAAGCAGUGACUGACGGACAGAGAAAUGGAGUGUAUCAGUUUGAUUUAUGAAAUGAAGUUGAAGAAAGAAAAGUCAGCGACUGAGACUGCGGAGAUAUCCGAGAAGAGAAACUGAUCGCUUCUCAAUCUCUCUGUGUCUGUCCCUUUGAACAGCAGUUGGUCUGUGAUCCCCACCCACACAGCCAAGUCCUAAAGGUGAAAGUCCCAAACAGAGCAAAGAGCUGAGGGUGAAAUGGCGUCUGAACAGGAACUGGAGAACCUGAGAAAUGAAGCCACGUGUUCAAUCUGUCUGGAGUUUUACACGGAACCGGUGACUAUAGACUGUGGCCACAACUUCUGCAGAGACUGUAUUUUACAGUGUUGGGGCACAGGACAAGAAAGUGUGUCCUGUCCGCAGUGCAGGCAGCAGAUUCCCCAGAGGGGUGUUCGGCCCAACAGAACUCUGUCUAACAUUGUGGAGAGUGUUCAGAGACUGAGCCUGAAUCCGAGGCUGGAAGAGGUGGGAAUCCAGUGUGAAGAGCAUGAGGAGAAGCUGAAACUGUUUUGUGAAAUGGAUCAAAGAGCGAUCUGUGUGGUCUGUGCGAUGUCCCGUGAUCACAAGGAUCACACAGUCAUUCCCAUUAAGGAAGCUGCUGAGCUCCACAAGCAAAAGCUGCAGAAAGCCCUGGAAACCCUUCAGGAACAGUUGGGUGAAAUGUCUCAGUGUCAGAGAGAAGAAGGAGCUACUCAAAUGGAAGUCCAGAGACAAGCCGAGCGUCUGAGGAAGAACAUUGACGCUGAAUUUGCUAAACGUCACCAGCUGCUGAUUGAGGAGCAGCGAGACCUGAUCACCAAACUCAGACAGCAGGAGGAGGCCAUCUUAGGACAAAUAGAAAACAAUAAGAGUGACAUUUCCAAGCAAAUUACUUCUGUUAACCAGAGAAUAGCAGAAAUCCAGACAAGACUGACUCUCCAGAACACCGAAUUCCUGAAGGAUAUCAUAUCCAUCAUUGACAGGUCCGGUGUUGACAUCAAGAAACCCACAAAAGUGUCUGUUGAUGUGGCUGAGAGGGACCUCAUUGGGCCUCUGCAGAGCAGAGAGUGGAAACUCCUGUUAAAGGGCAUCACUGCAGCUCCAGCCUCUGUGACUCUGGAUCCUAACACAGCCCAUCCCCGGCUCAUCCUGUCUGAGGACCAGACCCGAGUGAGAGUCAGUGACAGAGAACAGCAGGUUCCUGACACCCCGGAGAGGUUUAGUAACUAUUGCAGUAUCCUGGGGUCUGAGGGCUUCAUAUCAGGGAGACAUUACUGGGAGGUGGGGGUGGGGAACAGCACACACUGGACAGUGGGGGUGGCCCGAGCGUCUGUGCCCAGGAAGGAGUAUUUCACACAUGGACCUGAGAUUGGAGUCUGGGCUGUGGGGCUAUACAAUGGCCAAUAUGUAGCUCUAACCUCACCUCCUACCCCCCUCUCCCUGAGUGUGAGCCCCCGGGUGCUGGGCGUGUACCUGGACUAUGCGGGAGGACAGGUGUCGCUGUACAACGCUGACCACAUGUCUCAUCUCUUCACUUUCACCCACACAUUCUCUGGGAAACUCUUCCCUUACUUCAGCCCUGGCCGUAACACCAAUCUGACACUGACCCCCUGACAAGCGUGAGGGUGACCAAUCAGAGAUAGGAUACGGGGGUUACCGGCCGGAGAGUGGAGGUGACGUAAGAACAUAGAAACAGGAGGUGGCCAUUCAGCCCCUCGAGCCUGUUCGGCCAUUCUAUAAGAUCACGGCUGAUCUGUACCUCAACGCCAGUUACCAGCCUUUGCUCCGUAUCCCUUAACACCCCGACUUGACAAACAUCUCUACACCUCCGUCUGGACACUGUGAAUGGAUCCAACCAUAAUCCACAGCCUUUUGGGGGAGAGAGUACCAGGUUCCCAUUGGUCUUUGGGUGAAAAACUGCCCCUAAUUUUUAAAUGUCCCGACUCUAAUAUUAAGAUGAUGCUCUUUUUGUUCUGGAUUCUAAUUUCUCUGUAUCUACACUAUCAAAUGCCUCUGUUAUUUUAAAAUCCUCAAUUAGAUCAUCCCUCGUCCUUCUAAACUCACUGGAAUAGAGACCAAGUUUAUGCAACCUGUCCUCGUGAUUUAACACUUAAGCCCUAGGAUGUCCUCCUGAUGUGAAAGGUGUUAUAUACAAAUGUAAUUUUGUUUUGUGUUGUGUUGGUAUCACAAUAAAAUGGACGGAUGAACAAUC